AUGAACCCCCAGGGUGGCCAUUAUUUAAACAAGACAGCCGUGCUGUCCCCUCUAGGCGCUGUCCGUUUGACUGAGCUUGUUCUUGGUUGUACCGUGAUCUCUUUAGUGGUUCACGGUGCAGGAUACAGUGCUGUCUACGGGAUCUUCUGCAUGGCAGCGUGGAGCAUUUGCUUUGCCCUCUCGGCAUCCAUCUUCACUCUGGACGUGACGCGUCUCAACUCAUGUCUUCCUGUGUCCUGGGAGAACCUGACUGUGACCCUGGCAGCACUGUCUGCUCUGCUCUACCUCACAGCUUCCAUUGUGUACCCAGUUUACUUUGUGCGUAAUGAGUGCCCAUAUAACGAUUGUGAGGUUAGAAAUUUCCGAAUAGCUGUAACCAUCUGUUCGUGGGCAGCCUUUGUGGCAUACAUCAUUGAAGUUUCUGUGUCCCGGGCCAAACCGACCCGAGCGGCCAGCUACAUGUCUACUCCAUCUGGCCUCCUGAAGGUGGUGCAGGCUUACGUCGGCUGCGCCAUUUUCAUCACUCUUGCUAAUGGUAGUGAGUUCUGGCGUCACCCGGCGACCGUGUACUGCGUGGCAGUAUUCGUGUUGUGUUUUGCCGUGACAGCGCUGGUGGUGACGCUGAGUGUGCUCGGACGCACAACCUUCUUGAGUCUGCCUCUCGACCGUUUUGUAGUGCUCUACACAUUUGCAGCAGUGCUGCUAUACAUGAGCGCUGCAGUGACCUGGCCCGUGUUCUGCUUCGACAGGAAGUACGGCACGCCAAUCAGACCUCAAGGCUGUCCAGGCGGGAAGUGCUCAUGGGACAGCCAGCUUGUUGUGACAGUGUUCUGCUUUCUCAACCUGGCGUUUUAUGUCGCAGAUCUCUGCUGUUCCCAGAGAGCACGAUUUGUGACACGGCAGCCACGUGUGUAA